AUGGCCGCCUUCACACCAUCUGGGCCGGCUGCCGUUCCUCCAACUAUUGGGUGUCUGGAGGGCAUAGUCAGGGCGUUGCCCAACACUGCUCCGGGACUGGACGGGAUUGGUGCCAAAAUUGUUAAGAAUGUGUGGAGAGCUGCACCUAGGGAAUUCCACUGGGUGUAUGCCAAAUGUGUGGAAGAGGGGGUUAUCCCCGAAGUAUGGAAGAAAGGACGGCUGAUAGUUAUUCCGAAAGGUAAUGAUAGGCCAUUAACGGAUCCCAAGGCCUACCGCCCGAUUACGCUCCUCCCCAUCUUUGGGAAGUUGCUGGAGCGAGUUCUGCUGCGGUGUGCUCCGAGCUUGGUGAGGGGCAUAUCGGAAUACCAGCACGGGUUUUCGCCGGGUCGGUCCACGGUAACGGCGCUGCAAGACGUGCUUACUACUGCGCGCGAGUCGCAGCGCAAGUAUGUACAAGCCGUCUUCUUGGACAUAUCAGGAGCAUUUGAUAAUGCAUGGUGGCCAAUGAUACUGCUGAAGGCAAAACAAGGAGGGAUUCCACCUAACAUCUACCGCAUGUUGGUGGACUAUUUCAUCAACAGGCGAGUGGGUAUAUUCGUGGGUGACUGUGCCGAAUGGAAACGCUCGACCAUGGGUUGCCCGCAGGGAUCAGUCCUUGGACCGACCUUGUGGAAUUUACUGCUGGACGAUUUGUUGAGGCUGCCGUUCCCCUUAGGGACGAAAAUGUUGGCGUAUGCAGACGACGUGACACUUUUGAUAGAGGCGAACUCUAGAGCUGAAAUAGAGAGAGCGGCCAAAUCUGCACUGGAGUUGGUAUCAUCGUGGGGAGAGAGGAACCGGUUAUCCUUCUCCUCCGCGAAGUCAUGUACCAUGACUAUUAAAGGCAAGUUCCAGCGACCACCUGUUAUAAGGAUGGGGACGGAGUCAGUUAAAAGCGUAACGUCGACUAAGGUAUUGGGUGUCACGUUAGACACGACUCUAUUCUUUAUUCAGCACGCCAAAGAUAUGGUAGAGAGGCCUGGGCGAUGCUUUGGGAAGAUGUCGCAGGUGUCGGCAUCUUCUUGGGACAUACGCUACCCCGCACUCCGUGUUCUAUAUAAGGGUACAUAUGUUCCAAUAGUGACAUAUGCUGCGGCCGUUUGGGUUGAUCGGGUGGGGAACUAUACAGUGCGAACGACACUGCUGAGAUCGUAG